AUGUUGCGAGUUCCAAAUCAUAACAGUUCUAUUCCGUGCGAGUUCUAUUUCGUUGUAGCGGCCCCCCCCUCCCGAGUUCUCGACCAAUUCGCAUUGGAGCGCACUUGCUCGCAGGUGGCGAGGUACGUUGAGAUGUUCAGAAAACUUGGAAAACUGACUGAAAAACUAAAAAAACGAAACAAACAGAAACAAAAAACUGCGUAUAAUUGAAAUAGCAAGAUUAGUGAGGAUUUCAGAUACGUUUUGAAACACUAUUGAAAAUUCGGGGCUCAUGCAUUGAAUCUUAUUAUAAUUUCAUUAACUCGGACUUUAAAGAACAAUAAUACAGCAACAAUAGUUUUUACAUAAAAAAAAAUAAAUAAAGUCUUGAUGUGAAAUUGGAAUGAAUCAUAUAAAAAUAUUUUCAGACAUGCAAUUUCGGAACAACUACAGUAGCCAGCAUAGUUUGAUGCGCAGGCUUUGUCUGCUUUGACCUACGUCAAGCCGCUUCGAAUUUCAGUUUGUUUGUCAGCACUGAUGACUCAUCACCUCGUUCCGAUCAUUCAGUCAGUUUCCACAUUCAUUCUCUCCAACAAGUUAUCUCUCAUUCGCACGUCUUUCAGGGAAUGAAGUCGUUCUUCGCUCUCUCAUUUCUGGCACUCGCUGUCGCCUCCACAAAUGCGCAGUUCCUUCAAGAUUGCACAAACGCCCUAGACGGACUUUAUCCGAUCGGUGAUUGUGAAACGCAAUUCUUGACGUGCUCCGGUGGUAUCGCCCGUAUCAUGGACUGUCCGGCCGAUCUGAUUUACCAUGCCAGUCUGCAAAUCUGUGAUUGGAGACAGAACGUGCUCGCAUGUGAGGGAUCCGGAGAGGAAUCUGGAGAAUUUUCUGGAGAAGCAUCGGGAGAAUCUUCCGGAGAAGCUUCUGGUGAAGCUUCUGGCGAGUCAUCCGGAGAAGCCUCCGGUGAAGGUUCCGGAGAAGGAAGUGGAUCUGGAUCCGGAGAAGAACUUGGAAGCGGAUCCGGAGACGAUCUGCUCGAGAACGGUAAACCUUAGAAUGCUAUUUUCAUCCAAAUAUCUAAACUUCAGUGUGCGAGGGCCUAGAGGACGGUGCCUAUUCUUCUGGAGGGUGCACUAGCUUCUACUUCAUCUGCACUUCGUACUCUGCUCGUUUCCUCAGCUGCUCGACCCCACUCUUCUACGACGCCGUCAACCAGAAGUGCACCUGGAAGGUUCUGGUUGAAGAAUGCAAGGACGAUACAGUCGUUGUCAUUGAAGAGUCCGGGCUAGGAUCUGGAUCUGAAGAAGGAUCUGGAUCUGGAUCUGAAGAAGGAUCUGGGUCUGGAUCUGAAGAAGGAUCUGGGUCUGGAGACGAUUCAUCUGGAGAGGGGAGCGGAGAGCUCACUGCCACUUGUGACGGAAAGGUCGACGGAAUCUAUGCUAUUGGAGGAUGUGAAACCAACUUCCUGACAUGCUCCGGUGGAAUCGCUCGUUUGAUGGAUUGCCCAGCUUCUCUCGCAUUCAACCCACGUCUUCUUGUCUGCGACUGGCCACACGACGUCCUCGAGUGCUCCGGUCUGCCACAUCCGAAGCCAGUCUGUGAGGAGGACGGAUACUUCUCGUUCGGACAGUGCUCUUCUUCGUUCACUGCCUGCACCAACGGACGCGCCAUCGUCAUGUUCUGCCCAGCUGGGCUCAAGUUCUCGCAGAAGAACCAGAUGUGCGACUACGAUCAGAACGUUUUGGAGUGCCAGGAAUCUUCCGGAGAAGGUUCUGAAUGAUUUUGCAAGCGCCUCUAUGAAUUUUCUUCAUUUUAGAAUCUGGUGAGGCUUCUGGAGAGUCUUCAGGAGAAUCCUCUGGCGAGACUUCCGGGGAGACUUCCGGGGAGGGUUCUGGUGAAUCUUCUGGAGAAUAUUCUGGAGAAUAUUCUGGAGAGUAUUCCGGAACUGGAUCUGGAGAACACCUGACCCCGUGCACCAACCUGGAGAACGGACUUUAUGCCAUCGGAUGUUCGCCACGUGUUCUUUCGUGUCAGAACGGUCACGAGGACAUCUUCGAGUGCCCGCCAAGCCUUGUGUUCAACGAGCAGUCGCUCAUCUGCGACUACCCACAGACUUCCAUCAAGUGCCUCAUUGAAGGUAUAUCCCAUUCUCUCUAUUUUUCAUGAUAGCGUUUUUCAGACACCGUGCUCAUCGAUCCCGCUUUUACUACCUAUGACUGCUCGGUCGACGGACUCUUCUCGAAUGCCCUCUGCUCCCAUUCGUACUACAAAUGCGUCGACGGCCAACUCAUCCACCACAACUGCGCUGAUUCGAACGCCGUCUUCUCCGUUGCCGAGGCCACGUGCGUCGACGCUUCGUCCCUCCUCCAAUGUCAUUAA